UCUUCUUCUUCUUCUUCUUCUUAGGCACUGAGUCUGGUGGUAAAGCUGGGAGCAUAGGUAAAGAAUGAUGUAAUGCAGUAGCAGCCCAAAAGCAUCUUUUGUUUGAAUUGUGAAAUGGCUACUCCAUAGUUGGUUCCUGAUGAAUCAGAUGUGAGGGGCUGCUUUGUGGAAUGAGUCCUUUGUAGCAGCGCAUCAACUGGAAGCAGGAGACAUUCACUUGGAGGGCUCUUUCUGAAAAUGGGUUUAACUUUUCUUUUGCCAGCCACUACCAGCAUGACCUCAUACACUUUCAGUACAAUGGAGUGGCUAAGCCUUUGAGUACAUAGCCAUUACAUCAUCUCUGCAAAUUAGAGAGGGAGGUGGUAAAAGAGGCCUUAUUGUUGUCAUGGCUGAUGAGGUGAUCAGGACUCAACUCAUGGUUGCUGAGAGAUUGGCGGCUUUACUGGAAAGUGGCACAGAAAAAUUGCUACUGAUUGAUAGCCGCCCCUUUGUGGAAUACAAUACGUUCCACAUCUCGGAUGCUAUCAAUAUCAACUGCUCCAAGCUUAUGAAGCGGAGGCUGCAGCAGGACAAAGUGGUGAUUACAGAACUCAUUCAACAUUCAGCAAAACACAAGAUUGAGACUGACUGCAAGCAGGAGGUGGUGGUAUAUGAUCACAGUUCCAAGGAUGUUGCCUCUCUCUCAUCUGACUGCUUUCUUACUGUACUUCUGGGCAAGCUGGAGAACAACUUCAACUCUGUACACUUACUUUCAGGUGGGUUUGCUGAAUUCUCCAGCUGUUUCCCUGGUCUCUGUAAAGGAAAAUCAGUUCUAGUCCCUACUUGUCUUUCUCAACCUUGCUUACCUGUCUCCAACAUUGGUCCAACCAGAAUUCUGCCUCAUCUUUACUUAGGUUGUCAACGAGAUGUCCUCAACAAGGAGUUGAUGCAGCAGAAUGCUAUCGAUUAUGUAUUAAAUGCAAGCAAUACCUGUCCAAAGCCUGACUUCAUCCCAGAGUCCCAUUUCUUGAGAGUACCUGUGAAUGACAGCUUCUGUGAGAAAAUUUUGCCUUGGUUGGACAAAUCAGUUGAUUUUAUUGAGAAAGCAAAAGCCUCAAAUGGGCGAGUUCUAGUGCACUGUUUAGCAGGGAUCUCCCGCUCUGCCACAAUUGCUGUUGCAUACAUCAUGAAGAGAAUGGACAUGUCCCUUGAUGAAGCUUACAGAUUUGUGAAAGAAAAGAGACCCACCAUUUCUCCCAACUUCAAUUUCCUGGGCCAGCUGCUGGAUUUUGAGAAGAAGAUUAAGACCCAGACAGGGCAGCCCGGUCCAAUCAGCAAGCUGAAGCGUUUGCAUUUGGAGAAAAGCAGCGAGCAUGGACUGGUCCCAGAAGGUGGACAGAGCAGUGGCCUCUCCACUAAUCAGCUUGGCCCUAUCUCUACCUCUGAGACUGUGGAGCAGAAGCCAGUGGACUCUGCAAGUCUGCCAUGCUUGCAUUCACCAUUGUUAGAGGACAGCCCGCUGGUGCAGGGUAUAAACGGACUCCACGUGUCCUCGGACAAGGUAGAAGACAGCAACAGACUGAAGCGCUCGUUUUCUCUGGAUAUCAAAUCAGUAUCCUACUCAGCAAGCAGCAGCUGUGUGACUGCAUCGGUGCAAGGUUUUGCUGCGUCCGAGGACGCUUUAAAGCAGUUGAAUGUUUGUAGUAUUCUAGAUGGCAGCAACAAGCUGUGUCAGUUCUCCCCUGUCCAGGAAGUUUCAGAGCAGACGCCAGAGACCACCCCUGAUAAAGAGGAGGCAAAUCCUCCUGAGACCGUUCAGAAUGCCUGGCACCUGGAUAGCCAGAGCAAGCGGCAGCACAUGGGGAGAAGCACCAACAGCAGCACAAUUCAAAGGUCACUGUUGUACCCACUACAUCGGAGUGGGAGCAUGGAAGACAACUACAGAACAAACUUCCUGUUUGGGCUUUCCACCAGUCAGCAACAUUUGGGAAAGUCUGCUGCUGGGCUGGGCCUCAAAGGUUGGCACUCUGACAUCUUAGCUCCUCAGACAUCCACCACGUCCCUCACCAACAGCUGGUAUUUUGCUACGGAAUCCUCACACUUCUACUCUGCUUCUGCAAUCUAUGGGAGCAAUGCCACUUACUCUGCUUACAGCUGCAGCCAGCUGCCGACUGGCUGUGACCAGGCAGGCGCUGUGCGCAGGAGGCAGAAGCAGAGUGACCGAGGGGACUCAAGACGCAGCUGGCAUGAGGAAAGCUCCUUUGAAAAGCAGUUUAAGCGGAGAAGCUGCCAGAUGGAAUUUGGGGAGAGCAUCAUGUCAGAAAACAGAUCCCGAGAGGAACUGGGAAAAGUAGGCAGCCAGUCUAGUUUUUCAGGCAGCAUGGAAAUCAUUGAAGUAUCCUGAGAAAUGGCAGACAAUUGUGACACUGUAGCUGGUUUAUUUUUCCCAUUGUUUAAAACAAUUCCCUGUAAAUCUGAAAUUUUUUUAACCGGGGCUUCAGUUUCAAGGCAAUGAAUAGAUUUAUACAAGACAUGAAAAACUAAUAUCUGCACUGGGGAUAUUGCUUUUUUGUUUUUCUUCCCCUUAAGAUGGAAGGCUAGCUGUUUCAGAAAUUUUUCCUGACAGAUGAGGUAGUUGUGUAACUGUGUAACAAACUGCACAUCCUUUAAACAAAGUUCUGUUGGUGACCGGACAUCUUCCUGGUUCCACCAAGACAUAUUGCUGAAAAAAAAAAUCACAAACUAAUUCUAGUCCUUUCCCUCAAUUCCUCCUCCCCCCCUAAUCAACCAUGCACCUUAGCCCUGAGACUGAGCCAGCUUCUUGAUAGAGAUCUUUUUCUUUAAGGGCAAAGAGGUGGUGAAUCCAAGCAAGUGAUAACUGAUCACAGCAAGGCUGGGUUAAAAACCAACUCUCAGACCAUAUUGAUGUUGUGAUUAUUCUAAUCGGCAGGUUUGAGGUGACUUGCCAGAAAGCUGCUUUAGAGCAAAACUCGUACCUCAAAAAAUAAAACAAACUAGAACUUUCCUGGCUACCCACUCUCUGGUAGUCAGUUGGCAAGCAGUGUGAAUAGAUGACUGGCCAUACAGUGAUGUCUAUGCACAAGUUUCUCCAUUGGCUUGGAGACUGGUGAUGAAAUGUAAUCUUCUCAAACAUGCUCACUCCCCAUUCAUUUACACAUAACCAGACUGGGUGUUUGUGUGUGAUUGAUGCUGGCUUUCAAGGUGUGGAUCAGUCACCUCUAAAUGGGAUACCAAAGGAAGAACUGAAUGCUAGCUCUUGCACAAUUGCUUUAAAUCUUAUCCCCCAUUCAUGGUGCUAAGUGGCUGGGUGAGAAUUAAAUAGGUGACGAGAGAGCACUUUGGGUUUGUCCUCUACAAAAGUAGUGACAGCAUGAGAACUGCCCCAUGGUACAGACACCCAUCUGUGCUGUCCCCAUUCUCUAAAGGAGAAGGCUUAAUGUCUACUUCCCUCCUUUAAAAAAAAAUUGUUUCCAUAUCCUUGCCCAGAUCAUGAGGAUUCACUCGUAGCUGGGUGCACAUCCCUCUUGUUUAAUCUUCAAACCUUGUUGGACCCACUAACUUCGAUGAGCAGCCUCUAAAGAUGGAGCCUUGAUCAUCCAACAGGGACGGAAGGGAUGCCAUAUUAUCCUUCACAAGCCUUAAGAAAUAAGAUUUUAAAAGAAAUUGAGAGCGUGCUAGAGUGAAGAGAAUUUCCCAUGAUGAUCUAAAACUAACCUGAGACUCUGGCCACUGCAGUCCCUGUUGCCACUGUAGUAGGGCUUUUACACUAAUACAACAUAAUUUUGCUGAUGGCCGGAGUUUUUUAAAUCCUGCCACUGCUGUUUUGUUGUUGUUGCUGGCCAGUACCUGUUUCAGAGCCUUUAAUUAUCUAUUAGAGAUUCUUGCCAAGGAAGAUCUCUUCACUCUCUUGCUGCCAGAGGGGACAGGGAGGGGACUCAUUCGUUUAUUUUAUUAUUUAUUUUGAGAGGAAGAGAACCAGUUGCUGUCUCUCUCAUCAGCCCCUGAUUCUUGUGGUACUGUGAUUGCCACUUCCCCAGGACCCUUUAUAUGCCUUGUUAGAGGAUUAUGGGAUUAAAACAACAAAUGAUACACAGGGGUCUGACCUAAGGUUUUUGUCAUUCAAUCCAGUGUUGACAAAGAUCACAAUGUGAAAAUGCUCUCUGUCCCUUCCAGUGUGCUGCAGUAGGUGCAGGGAAGGGAGGGGGGGAGAUGGGUAGGGGCCCAGUGUUUGUACAGUUUCAGUGCAGGCAGCUGAAAAUACAUACUUACAAAUGAUUAAUGGCUUGUUAAAGCAGUUGGCAGAGGGUUUGUCAGUUAAGCUCUGGUAGUCCCUGAAGCCCUAGUUCAAGUCAGCAGCUUGUUUUAGUUCUUUACUGUAGGUGUAGCUAGUUGGUGACUCAAAUCUCAGGUUUUACUAUAUUGAGAAAUGGACAGGAUUUUGUCUUUUUGUUUGUGGCUAGGAUGUGACUUAGUGUCCUAUGAUGAACUAUUUGAAGACUAGCACUGAGAGAAAGCUUCAGAGUUGAUUAACUUGAUCCUAAAGAGUGCAAGACACACAGGCUGCAAUGGGAAUGGUUGAAUCCAUAGACUGUGUUUGUUGUGGGUGUGUGAAAUGCAGGAAGAGGGUAGUUUGGGCAAGGGUGUAGGUGGAUAUCACACUGUAAAGCAUAUCAGGUCUUGGCUAACCCAUUUACACAUUGCUACUUAUUUUAUGUACCAAGUGACUUAGCAUAUAAGCACACAAUGUGUGUAAUAUACAGAACAUCUCAUGUAAUCCAGAUUUCAGUUAAAACUACUUUAACAGUUGGAAUCAAAUAUUUCACAAGAAAGGGGUUUGGAAAGUAUAUUAAAGACAUCCCUCCCAGCAGAAACACAGUUGAGAUCUUCUUGGCUCUUUCUGGGAAACUUUAAACAAACAAAACAAAACUUUUUUUUUCCUUUGCAACUGAAAUCUGGUCUUAUUGCAAACUCAAUUCCAAGCAUCCUCUAAUCAACUGUUAAAUCAUGGCAGGAUCAGCAGUCUCUUGGUUAGGGCUGUUGAGCACAACAUAAUGGGAGAAGGAAGCCUUGUAGCCUGUGUAGGCGUGGUAUCUUGUCUCAGUUCUGUACUAGUAUCCUGUACCUGAGAGAGGCUGGAAAAUGACUUUAAGAAGUUUGGAAAGUGAGGUGGAGGCAGGGGUUGGGGGGAGAAGUGUGUAAAUGUUUCAUCUGAAUAUAAUGUUCUUUGGUGUAUGGCAAGCUGUUUAAAUGGUUCAAAGAUGACUCUCUCAAGAGCAUUACUUGUAUGUUAUGAUGAAUAAAAUCAGAAGUGGUACCUGUUUC